AUGCCUCACCGAAUUGUUCCGCUUCCAAACGGACAUCCGUCAAAGAAAAAAUUGAAAUACCAACCGGUCAAAAUAAAAAAACCCACUGCCAGUGAAAAUCCGGCAGAAGAAUCUGGUAUUAUUACACCUGCAGGUAAAGAUGCAGCUGUGUUUGGGAUAAUUUCCGACGACGGCGGCUGCGAUUCCAAACAAUUUCAUUUGGACAUUUCCAACACCGCAUUGACGUUGGCAACACACUCUUUGGAUGGGCUGCAGUUACGGCAUGUUAAGGAUAUGUACUUCCACCCGGAGAUAUCGCGGAAAAGCACGGAUCAGGCUCUGGAAAAGUCUCUUUCUACAUGUCGGAAGAAUCAGAAUGCUCUAAAAGGCGUUCUCUCGUUUUUGGAUUCUUCGUCUACUUGUUCGACUAUUGACCAAUCCUCAAUAUUCGAACGCUUCCUCUUUGGCUCGACUCCUCACGUCAAUUCCUUUGCCUCGACUACAUUUUCUUUCCCGGAUAUCAAGGAUACACAGUAUUUACAUAUCCGUGGCUCUCCUCCUCCCUCUCCUCUUUCGUCUUAUAAGUCUCUAUCAAUAAUCACUUCAAUCUGUCUCUUCUCUGCGGAUGCAGUCUCGUCAUUCUCUUCGCAACUUCUAGAAUUAUAUACCCGCUAUCCCUAUUCUGAUUCUCUCCAUCUCCAUCAUCCUCUCACAUUUAACGAACUAGAUUCUCUUUCUCGUCUUUCGAACACAAUUGCAGAUAUAAUCUGCUCUAUCUCUUCCCCAUCCCGUUUUUCAUCCCCCUUGAACAUAAACAUAAUUCUCGACAUUCCACAAAUUCAAUACUACCUCUCCGGCCCCACAUCUCACUUUCAUAUUCCCACGAUUUCCAAAACAUGGCUUUCUCUUAUCGACUCUCGAAAGGCAUCUAUUGAAAGAAUCUUCAAAAGAUGCAUAGCCCAAGAAAUUCACCGACGGAUUCCCCAUGAAAGACUAAAACUCUCGGGAGUAUCGUAUGAGAUUAUGAAUACUUCAUCUUUAAACCCGCUUUUGCCUUUGCUCAGCUCACAAAUCAUUGAUUUUCCUUACAUUUCAAUUCAACAAUGCAUCAAAACCCUAACAACUACCAACAAAUCUUGGGACCUGUUUUUGGAUAGCCUUCCACUGCCAGGUCUACAACCCCCGGAUACACUGGAAGAAUUAGUCUAUAUCUCAUAUGUCUACGAAAUCCUUCUUCCAUUCCUCAAAGCCCUGGAUACAGAGGGUACAAUCGAGGAUAUGGAAAACACGUUGAUUCUACAAAUUGAUAAUAUUGUGGAAUCAAAACCAUAUCUCAAAGCUAAAAAGUUUUUGGAAGUUUAUAAUAAAAAGCUUGGGGCUAAGAAGGCGAGUUUGAUUGGGAUAUACCCUUCCGAACGAGUAUUUUAUAGCAAGGAAGGGAACUAUAGAAGUUCUUUGCAUAAGUAUGAUCCUGGACAAGAUCUUUCAUUGGAUUCAGGCAAAGUGAAACCUUACGAGGUUUUGGAGAAGAUUUAUGGAGUUGAGAGUAUGGCUGCCGUUAAAGAGGCGGCUACGGAGGAGGGGUUGGUAUAA